AUGACUGAACUUGGGCCGGUCUUCAAGGAAUGCUGCGAUAUAGUUGGUAUUCCGACCAGUUCUCCCUUCCUGAGAGGAAUCGGCAUGUCACCACUCUCCUGUAAGGAUAGCGCUGUGGUUGAUGGCGGAUUUCGAGCCUUCUAUAACGAUAACCUCUGGUACUACCCCAGUGCGGCAACUCGAGACAAUCUUGCGUUGAAAGUACCGUGGGACAGAGCUGACGCUGUCCUGAAUCCUUCUGAGGCACUUAUCAGUGAUGCGAUACCAGUACACUCACUGGGGCUCAAAAUUAAAGUCAGGGAAUAUGGCCCGGUGGCUAAACCGCGUCAGAUAUUGAUAUGGCUUUGGGGCGGUGAUGUAGAGAGCGAUGCAAACGUACUUCAAAAGCUACGCAAAGCACUGGGUUUCCCUAUUAUCUCUAUAGGCUACACUCGAGCGCCCUUCCCUGCUCCUCUUCAAACAACUUGCGAUGCUAUCGACUGGGUUAAGGCUCAGUAUGGGGCAGCUGACGUUGUUAUCGCCGAUUUUUCUAGUGGCGCUGACCUCGCAAUCGUUGCUGCAUUACAUCGAUAUAGCAAUUGUAUUCGGGGAGUGUGCCUUAUUGCACCAUCUCUUGACAACACUGAGGGUGCGCAGCACAGAUACAAAGGUGCAUCUCCUUGGUUCACCCCAGAACGUAUGGAUCCAAGCCAUACUCCGAACGAGGUCCUCAGCAGAAGUGCUACAAAGUUUGACGUGUCGAUGUACAUCAUGGGCGCCGAUAUUUUAAGAGAUGAGGACGAAGGCUUCGUCGAACGUCUGUUUCAGCACGUAUACCAGAUACGAAGCAAGCUGUACCAUGGAUACCCUCACAUGGCUCUGAAUAUACACAGGGUGUUGGGCUAUGAGCUUCUGACCGACCCGGUGAAAGAUAUUCAGGCAAUGCUUGCCCACAAUCUGUGCCCGGGAUGCCUAGAAGGGGGAAUGGAUCACCAGUUUGAGGAUCGAUUUGUCACUACUACUGAGCUACUGAAAUUUCGAUUGGAUGGCGCAUCUAAACCACUCGGCUCGGGGUAG